AUGGCCCGCUCCAAGACCAAGAAGUCUUCCAAAGACAGUGACAAGCCCCUCAAGCCACGUCGAUCGCACCGCAAGUCUCGAAAUGGUUGUGGCGCCUGCAAGCAACGACACAUGAAAUGUGAUGAAUCUCGACCGAUUUGCCUCAAUUGCAAGAUCUCCAACCGUGGUUCCCAAUGCAUUUUCAUCAACAUUGGCCAGCAGCCAUCACCGCCGCAAACAUCAAGCGUGGAUACGCCGUCUCCUUUCCAUCUCUCUUCCCAUCAAUCUCCCGCGGGCCCCACGUCCAUAUCACUCAGCCCUGCUCAGUCUCUUAGUUCUGAUUUGACGGCAGUCGGAGAUACCCCAGUCAGAGGGGACUUGUUCGAUCUCAACCAUUUCGCCCUCUAUCAUCAUCUGCUGACGAAUCGUCACACCAUCACAUCAAUUGACCCCUCCAAUGAGAGCAUCAUUUCUCACACAAUGGACUAUGCACUCAAAGCCCCUUACUUGAUGAAUCAGCUUCUUGCCCUCUCUGCUCUCCAUCUGAGCAACCCUCCUUCGCUCCGGCAACCUUAUUACCAACUUGCUACCAGUCUCCAGACAAGGGCGUUGGCCUUGUUCAACGAGGAGAGGCAAGAGGUUUCAGAAGAAUCAUGCGUUCCUAUGUUUCUCUUCUCAUCACUUGUCGGAGUCCAUGUCCUUUGCGAUACUCUUCAAGGUCCAAGAGAGAGCUUUGGCGCUGUUCUCGACCGCUUCAUCACUUAUCUCUCUAUUCACCGUGGUGUCCGCGCUGUGACGAAGCAUUCAUGGCAUACAAUCAAGAAUUCAGGACUUGCGCCUAUACUACAACAAAUUGAAGACGCGUUUCCCGCACCAGACAACGAGAUGGAAGCCACAGCCAUCCUCCACAGGAUGAUCGACUCAAACGCCUCCCUGUCAUCAGCGACCAAAUACCACAACGCCGCAUCCACAUUGCAGCGGUCUUUUUCUCUCCAUGCAGCACUGAAUCAGCCUAACAGACGGCGAUUCGAUGCCGCGAUAGCAUUUUGUCUCGAUGUUGACGACGAGUACCUCGAAUUGCUGAAGAAGCGACAGCCAGAAGCGCUGGUUAUCCUUGCAUUCUUUGCAGUCUUGCUGCAUUGGAACAGAUCUACAUGGAUAUUCGGUGACGGCGGACAGUAUUUAAUACAAUCCAUUACAGCUCAUCUCGGGCUUCACUGGGCAGAAUGGUUGCAAUGGCCCAAUUCAAUGCUCACACAACAAUAG